AUGAACAAAGUUUAUAUUUUGANAGGACAACCAAUAUUAAUUUGUGCAGAAACACAUCAAGCAGUAGAUAAUUUAACACGACAUUUAUUACAAUAUCGACAAUAUCGUUUAAUUCGUUAUGAUGAACCAAGAACUGUUGCUUAUGAUCCACAUAAAUAUACAAUACCAACACAAAUCGAACUUUUACGUCGUGAAAAGCAACAAUCAAGUCCAAAUACAACAACAACAAAUAAAUCUUUAUUUGGACCACCAAAAGCAAAAAAAAUACAUGUUGGCGUAUUAAAACCUGCUUUUAAAUUUCCAUUUAUUUUAAUUGAUGAAGCAUCACAAAUAACUGAAUGCAAUAUUGUUAUUCCAUUAGUUCGAAUAACAAAUCAAAUUGUUCUCGUUGGUGAUCAGAAACAAUUACCACCGAUUAUAAAAACGGCUGAAGCAAAACCAUUAUUAGAACGAUCAUUUUUUCAACGCUUAUUAGAAAAUAUAAAUAUAAACUCAAUUAUGUUAGAUACUCAAUAUCGUAUGCAUCCAUCAUUAAUUGAUUUUCCAUCAAAAGUAUUCUAUGAUGGCUCAUUAAAAACUGGUAUCAAACCUGAACAACGACCAACACCACAAGAAAUUAAAUUUAUUAAUAAACAAAUUCCAUGA